AUGGAAAAGCAACAAUUAAAGUCUUGAUGAGUGACGUUGUAUCUAAACUGGGAACCUACAUAAAGGUUAUCGCUAAAGUGAAUGAAACAAUAACUGGGAUUUCGGUAAAUAAUACAGGAAAUGUUGAAAUAUAUGACAGAGAUGAAGAACUAACGUUUUCCUCAAGUAUGUCGAAUGUAUUCAAACCAGGACUAGAUUAUACGAUAAUGUUGAAAGCUACAAGGCGAGAUGGAAGUAAUUUAAAAUCAUCAUUAGACUCUGUUAACAUAACGGUCAAGUAUACAGUAACAGGUACAAAGAAACAACCAAAGUGGUCUCCAACUGGGGGCAAUAAUCAGGUUAUGCCGUUUGGACGAUUUUCUCAACGUAUCAACGAGGACACAAAAGUAUUGUGGACACGUUUGGAACAAAUCCCUAAAUCAGGAAUAAUUGAACUCUCAGCUAGAUUCCCUAAAGCAGCACUAUCUGGUAGAUUUGAGGCAUUUUAUCGCAAAGCAAGAACGUCAAAGUAUUUGUCCCGAGCAGAAUCACCAAGCAGAAACUUUAUAAAAGUGUAAGUUAAAGACAACAAAAAUGCAAAGCCUGGAAGAAGAUUACCAUUAGUUAUACAAUGUACAGAAAAGAUCCGCGUCUGCAAUUA